AUGUCUACCACCUUGGUUAAACCAUCUCAUAUCGUUGCUGGUCCCUGUCAGCUGCCAGCUAUUGAGCAAGUGAGGCGAGAUGUUGAUAACAUAGUUGGUAGGCUUCUGCCUGCCAUCUCCAAGCUUAACAGAGAGAUCCAUGACACUCCGGAAACGGCGUGGCAAGAACAUCACGCCCACGACGUGAUCUGUGGAUUCCUUGAAGCCAACUCGUUCAACACCACUCGGCAUGCAUAUGGUCUUGCCACCGCACUCGAGUCCCGCACCGUUAGUGGCAACGAAGGUCGAACCAUAAACUUCAAUGCGGAAUACGACGCCUUGCCAGGUAUUGGACAUGGCUGUGGGCACAACUUAAUCGCUACGGCCAGUAUCGUGGGAUACGUGACACUCAGUCAUUUGAUUAAAAAGUUCAGCAUUGAUGCAACGCUUCAACUUCUUGGCACACCAGCAGAAGAAUUAGGAGGGGGCAAAGUCGUUCUUCUGAAGAAUGGAGCAUUCAAGGGCGUUGAUGUAUCACUCAUGGCUCAUCCGUGCCCUGUUUCCAACAAUGGAUUGCUUGAAUAUCCUGGCGGAUGCGCUGGUCUUCUCACAAACUCUCAUAUCGGAAUCUUUGCCACCUACUCGGGCAAAUCUGCUCAUGCGGGCGCAGAGCCUUGGGAAGGCGUGAAUGCUCUCGACGCUCUUGUCUCUGCUUACAACAACGUCAGCAUGCUCAGGCAACAGAUGCGCCCAGGUUGUCGCAUCCACAGCGCAAUAAUAGAGGCACCAAAGGCAGCAAAUAUCGUUCCUGCAAGCACCAAAACCGUCUAUUCUAUUCGAGCGCCCAAGAUCGCGGCAGCCAACGAACUGGCUAAGAAGGUGGAAGCUUGCCUCAGUGCCGGUGCCCUGGCAACAGGCUGCAGUUGUUCAAUUGAGCGCGAAGCUGCCUACGAAGAUCUGCUUCCCAAUCUUCCGCUCUGUGAAGCCUACACCUCACAUAUGAAAGCGGCUGGGAAGGAUGUUCAAGUCCUGGCUACGGAGGUUGUAGGAGCGAGCACGGAUCAGGGGAAUGUGAGUCAUGUGAUGCCGGCUCUGCACCCCAUGUUUGGGAUUCCGUGUGAUGCGGGGAUCAAGAUCCACAGCAAAGAAUUUGCGGAGGUGGCUGGGACGGAGCAAGCGUUCGAGAUGGCAGUGAUUGUGGGGAAAGCCUUGGCCAUGACCGGUUGGGAUCUUCUAACGCAAGAAGGCAUGUUUGAGAAAGCAAAGGCUGAUUUUGAACGGAAUUAG